UGAAGGCGAACCAGCACUCGGCCGUGGAGGGAAAUGGAGGCAGAGGGAACGACGGACGAUGUGGACUCUCUGCCCCGCGGGGCUUUUCGGUGCCGUCUGUGUCACGUGACGGUUGCCAACAAGCCCAGCUUGGAGGCUCAUCUCCAAGGGAAGAAACACCAGCGGCUGGAAAACCUUCGUAGCGUCCGCCAGUCUCAGGAACAGCGUAGCAUCUUUGUCAGCGGUUUCCAGAAAGGGACGACAGCCUUGGAGCUGAGCGACUAUUUCAAAACCUACGGGAAUGUCAUCAACGUGGUGAUGGACAAAGAUAAGGGGGUCUAUGCAAUUGUAGAACUUCAGGAUGAGGACAUACUCCAGAAAGUAUUGGCGGAACCGCAGCAUAGUCUGGGGGGCCAGAAAUUACGUGUCAAGCCGCGUGAGAAGAAGGAUUUCAGAUACACUCCACCCAAAAAGCAGGGGUCAGCCAGGCGGGAGCAGCUGAGCCCGGAGAAAUUGGCGCAAAAUAUCUGCCAAGUGGACGAUGUCGAUGCCCAGAUGUCUUUAAUGGUGCAACUGUUCGAAUUUUCCGAGAGCGAACAGCGGCUUCGAGACUUGCUUGUCAAGCUGUUCCAGGAGGUGUUUUCUGAAUUCUUCCCAGAAUCGGUCAUUCUCCCCUUUGGGUCUUCGGUGAAUGGCUUCAGCGUCUCUGGGUGUGACCUGGAUUUGUUCCUGGAUCUGGAGAAGACGAAAAACUUCCAGGCUUCUGCCAAGACAACGGAUAAGCCACCGGCGGGGGACGAAAGCACUGAAAUGGAAUCUUGCUCCGAAGAUUCGAUCUUGUCAGAUAUCGACCUGGUCACAGCCACCGUGCCUGAAAUCCUCGAUCUGGUGGCCACGGUGCUGCAGAAAUGCGUGCCAGGUGUCCACCAUGUCCAGGUGGUCUCCACUGCCCGCCGUCCUGUGGUCAAGUUUUGCCACAAGGAGUCCGGCUUGAGGGGAGACAUCUCCAUAAACAACAAGCUGGCUCUGUGUAACACGCGCUUCCUGCAGUUUUGCACAGAAGCCGAUGAGCGGGUGAGGCCUUUGGUCUACGCAGUGCGCUACUGGGCGAAGCAGCAAGGUUUGGCAGGAAAUCUUUUUGGGGGAGGCCCCCUCCUCAAUAACUACGCCCUGACCUUGCUGGUGUUCUUCUUUCUACAGACACGCAGCCCCCCCGUCUUACCGACCGUUGCCCGGUUGAAGGAUCUCUCAGAUGAUGGAGAACUGACUGUGGUGGACGGUUGGGACUGCAGUUUCCCUACAGAUCCGGCUUCGUUGCAACCCAGCGGAAACCCUGAGAGUUGUUGCUCCCUCCUGGCGGAGUUUUUCCGCGUCUUCGAAAGCUACAAUUUCGCCGGCGGUGUCAUCUCCCUGCGUGAGGGCCGGUCCCUCCCUCUCUCCGAUUUCCUGUUAUCCGACGCUGGUCAGAAAUUCAAGGUGGGCCCCAUCAACCUCCAGGAUCCCUUUGAGCUGAGCCACAAUGUAGCAGCCAACGUCAACGAAAAGACGGCGCUGCGCCUUCAGCGGAGCUGCCAAGACGCCGCCAAAUACUGCCGGAGUUUGCAAUACCAGCGUAAAUCCAGCAAGGGGAAGAGCUGGGGCCUAGUUCGUCUCUUCCAGCCCGGUAGCUCCCAAGCCCCGGAACACCUGGUCAUCCUCCUCCCUUUAACGCCGGCCACACAAUCCCGCUCGGAAUUGCAUCCAAGCAAGGAUUCCCCCCAGCUCCCGUUUCGGAGGGUGUGCGCAGGCAUCUCGUACGUCCUGCAGCAUGUGUUGAAAUGCAGCUGCUCGGAGAAUCCGCAGGGACCCGGAGACGAUGGGGAAUCCCUCGGCAGCGAUCCGGAGGAGGAUCACCUGAAAACGAAAACCGAACAAUUGUCGGUGGGUUCCAAGCGAUCUCUGGAUCUAGAAGACGCCGCGUUGGGGGCUCCCCCUGCGAAGAAAUCACGGAUGGAGGUUUCGCUUCCCGACACGGAAAGUGUGACCUGGGACUGCACCGCCUGGCACCGCGUCUGGUUAGGAAGACGGCGCGUCCGGCGACAGUUCAGCAGCCCGCAAGCAGAUCCCAAAACAUCCACUGAUCCCUUAGAGCUGGAAGGCAAAGUAUCCGAGGCGAUUUCCCAACAAGAGGGGCAGACUAGGCCCGUCGAGCCGCUGUUCGGAUUCAGCGUUUGCGCCACGAUCAAAGACGCGGGUUCCGGGGAACAGGAUCCCCAAGUCAACCUCAAUUUCACUCCAGACCCUGAACAGGGAGGGGUUUUCCAAGAUUUUUUUCAUUUCCUGCAAGGUUUCCUGCCCCGAAUGGUUGAGCAGUACCUGGCCACCAAGCGGCCUCCAGACCUCCGUCUCCCAGAAGAAAAAUCUUCUCCUCCAGUGGGGGACAUUUGAAAAUUCUGUAUUUAGAUAAAUGUUUCCCCCUUUCUGACUGUUGGCGAGAAUAAAAGAAAUU